AUGGCUUCUCUGAAGAUGGCCACCGCAACUGCCUUUGUCCUGCUGGUCCUGCUGUGCGUGGGGACCUCACCUGUCACUGCCUGUCCCAGGGACGGCAUCUGUGCAACCGCGUGCGCCACCUUUGUUGAAACAAUCUGCGCUGAGGGCACCGUUGGUUGUUUGCUCUCUGUCGCGUUAUGCGCCCAAACCGCUCAAGCGGCGUGUCUCAACCUCUGUGUCACCCUCUGA